CCGCGCGCCUCUUUGGCAGCUGGUCACAUGGUGAGGGUGGGGGAACAGGGGGCCGCUCUAGCCUGCGGCCUGUGUCUAUGGUCGGGCCCGUAGCGUCCAGCUGCCCCGGACAGAGCGCGAGUGUAUGGCGCCACAAGAACCGGCUCCGGGGCCCCGAUAACGGGCCGCCCCCGCAGCUCCUGGAACGGGGCGAGGGUCUCCUCUGGUCUGAGAAUGACUACCCCUCGAUAUGAGCCAGUGGCUGAGAUUGGUGUUGGUGCCUAUGGGACGGUGUACAAAGCCCGUGAUCCCCACAGUGGCCACUUUGUGGCCCUCAAGAGCGUUAGAGUUCCCAAUGGAGGAGGCUCUGGAGGGGGCCUGCCCAUCAGCACAGUUCGUGAGGUGGCCUUACUGCGGCGCCUGGAGGCUUUUGAGCAUCCCAAUGUUGUACGGCUGAUGGACGUCUGUGCCACAGCCCGAACUGACCGGGAAACCAAAGUGACCCUGGUAUUUGAGCAUGUGGACCAAGACCUAAGGACAUAUCUGGACAAGGCACCCCCACCAGGCUUGCCAGUGGAGACCAUCAAGGAUCUGAUGCGCCAGUUCCUAAGAGGCCUAGAUUUCCUUCAUGCCAACUGCAUUGUUCACCGAGACCUGAAGCCAGAGAACAUUCUGGUGACGAGUGGUGGGACAGUCAAGCUGGCUGACUUUGGCCUGGCCAGGAUCUACAGCUACCAGAUGGCACUUACACCUGUGGUGGUUACACUCUGGUACCGUGCUCCGGAAGUUCUUCUGCAGUCUACGUAUGCAACACCUGUGGACAUGUGGAGCGUUGGCUGUAUCUUUGCAGAGAUGUUUCGUCGAAAGCCUCUGUUCUGUGGAAACUCUGAAGCUGACCAGUUAGGCAAAAUCUUUGACCUGAUUGGGCUGCCCCCAGAGGAUGACUGGCCCCGAGAUGUGUCUCUGCCCCGAGGAGCCUUUUCCCCCAGAGGACCGCGCCCAGUGCAGUCAGUGGUUCCUGAGAUGGAGGAGUCUGGAGCACAGCUGCUGCUGGAGAUGCUGACUUUUAACCCACACAAGCGAAUCUCUGCCUUCCGAGCCCUGCAGCACUCUUAUCUACAUAAGGCAGAAGGUAACCCAGAGUGAGCCAAGAAAUGGUUGCAACAGAACGAAGAAGAGAAGCCGACAUUUCCCUUUGAACACUUGAGUGCAGAGCCCCCCACUGAGAAGGCGACCUCUGCCCUCAUCUCGGAGGCUGUGGAGAUUCCUCCUCCAACUUUUUACCAAGAAUAUUUUGCUGCCUUAACGACAUUCCCUUCCCACCCCUCCUUUCGAGGCUUAUCCUUCUCCUGCCGCCCAUUUCCCUACACCAAGGGGUAUAUCCCCUUCUCUCCCAUUUUAUACAGGAAAAAACAAAACAAAGAAA